UAACAUGUGUCACAACAAUUUAAAUGCAUACCGUAAUUUCUGCGAGUAAAAUAGCAAAGAAUGCUUUCGGGUCGUUUAGGAAUCAGUAAUUUACAGCGUUUUACUUAUAAUUUGUGCAAAAAUGCCAAAUAUUCAAGUAUUCCAGAUGAGCAAAAAACUUCAAUUAUUAAAGAUGAAAAUCAAUUUAAAGAAAAAAUUAUACAUACAAAAAUAAGAGCAAAAUUACCAGCUAGACCGCCCUUAGCAAAAAAUUUUUUUUUAGGCAAUGUUGACAAAGAAUUAUUAGCAUUUCCUGAAGUGAUAUCAAGAGAUGAAAUGUCCAAGCUUCAAGAAGAAACUAAAAUGAUUGAACAAUUUUUUGAAAAUUUUAACCAAACUGAUAGUAACAAAUUGAAAAAUAACUUGAUAGAUGAAUUAAGAAAAGGUGGUCUCUUCGGACUAAAUAUUUCUCAAAUAUAUGAUGGCAAAGAAUAUAUUUGGUCGGAGGGUUUAAUUGCUUCACAGUUUGAAAUUAAACAACCAGAUACUGCAUUAUUAUUACUAGGUCAUAGAAUUGUAUGUGAUGUUAUUAAUGUGUAUGGUACCGAAGAACAAAAACAAAAAUAUCUACCGAGCUUAGCAAAUGGAUCAUUAGUGGCUGUUGAUGCGGUGAUAGAACUAAGAAACAAUAAUAAUCCUUAUUUUAACACAACAGCUGAUUUUGAUGCUGAACAGGAUGUUUGGGUUUUGAAUGGCGAAAAAAUUCUGCUACCAGUUCAACCAAAAGUAGAUAUUUUGCUAGUUCUGGCUGAAACCCCUAAAUUACACCAUUCAGGAGAUUCUUUAAAAGAUGUUACUUUAUUCGUAGUAGAUAUAACAAAAAAAGGCGUAAAAAUAAACACACCAAAAAAUUUUUUGAAUUAUACAACUGUUGAGUUUGAAAAUGUCCAUCUUUAUAAUGAUGAAAUAAUUGGAAAAGUAAAUGAAGGCUCCGAAGUGGCUCAAUUAUUAUUACAAAAUCAUAGAAUUAGGUCAUCUUAUGUAGGCUUUGGUUUAAUAAGAAAGGUUAUUAAUGAUGCUACAAAGUACGUUACUGAAAAUAAAUUAUGUGCAAUUGAGCUAAGAAAUAUGGAAUCUAUAACAACAUGUUUAUCUAAAAUGGUUUGUAACGCUUAUGCUAUUGAAAGUAUGAUAUACUUUACCACAGGUUUAAUGGAUGAAUUUGAAAAACCGGACACCGAAAUUGAAACUGCCAUGGUGAAACUUUUUACACAAAAUUCUUUAUGGAAUGCUUCAGUCGCAGUCAUGGAUUUUUUAGGGGCAGCAUACUUACAGCCUGAACGCGAAGGAGAGAGUAUUAUUAAGAAUAUAAUGCAAAUUUAUUUACAAGGUGAAUCUGUAGAUUCUCUCAAACUUUUUGUAGCUUUAUCAGGGUUAAGACAUGCAGGGAUGUCUCUUCAUGAAAAUAUUAACAAGCAAAGGAAUCCAUUAUAUCAUCCAAAACAUAUGAUAAACAAGUUUUUCCAAUCGACAAGCAUAGAUUUCCCAAAAACCAACAUAUUUCUAAAUGAGCAUUUGCAUCCAUCACUUGAACCAGCAGCACAAAAUUUAGAACACUCAAUUUAUAGAUUAUUUGCUUGUACAGAAAUACUUCUUACACGAUACGGAAGUGAAGUUGUGCAAAAACAUUCUGAAAUUAAACGAUUGGCUGAAAUGGCGACUUUGGUUUAUGCAACAUUUGCAUGUUUAGCCCGUUCGUCCAGAUCGUACUGUAUUGGCUUAAAGUUAUCUGACUUUGAAAUAUUAUUAGCGUCCGCAGUAGCUCAAAAUGCCAGAGAUCGUAUAAAAGAGUUAGCAAAAGAAAUAGAGCAAGGACCAUAUAUAACAAAUGACGUUAACUAUCAAAGACUUUCAAAAAAGUUACUGGAAAGCAAAGGAUAUUUUUCUGAAAACCCAUUGACAUACAAUUUUUAAAUAGUAUAGAAUAUACAUUCAUAUGUAUGUAUGUAUGUAUGUAGGUACCAAUUAACAAAUUAAAAAAUGUAUUUUGAAUUUUUACUUCAUACGCUAAAAUAUUAAAUUUUUAUUUUAA